AUGUCCCGUGAAACACCAGAUCUGUUAUCAUCCUCAUUCUCAUCAACAACAACUUCCCAACCUCAUCCCCAUAAGCAUGGCAAGAAGAAGUCAAUGCUACAUUACUUUCAACUAAUCAUUCGAUCUAUAACAUAUGAUCUAGUAUUAUUCUUUUUUGACUGUGUUGUUCAUACAUUUUUCCGUGACAUUCGUAGUACAGGAAACUUUAAUAUUCCCCAAAACGGUCCUGUUAUAUUUGUCAUUGCUCCACAUCAUAAUCAAUUUGUUGAUGGAUUAGUGGUAAUGACAAAAGUGAAGGAGAUUCUGAACCGACGAAUUGCCUUUUUGAUUGCUAAAAAGUCUUAUGAUCGAAUGAUUAUUGGUCAAGCUGCCAAACUUUGCGGAUCUAUUCCUGUUGAGCGUGCACAAGAUUUUUUGAAAUCAGGACAGGGGAAAGUUUUUGUUGACCCAAGUGACGACUGUAUUCUAAUUGGUGAAAACACGGCAUUCACAAAACAAUGUCAGAAAAAGGGGCUAAUAGGAUUACCCAAUUCAUUAGGUAAUUGUCAAAUUGCUAGUAUUGAAGAUGAUACCCAUUUAACGUUGACAAAACCAUUUAGUUCUAAAAAUACAGAAAUCCAAUCAAGAAUUGAUAAAACCUUACGUGAUGGUACAUCUUUUAAAAUAGCCCCACAUAUUGACAACCAUGUGGUAUUCGAGAAUGUGUUUAAUCAUUUGAAUGAUGGUAACAUAUUAGGAAUUUUUCCUGAAGGCGGUUCUCAUGAUCGACCCGAUUUGUUACCAUUAAAACCUGGAGUAGCCAUUAUGGCACUUGGUGCCAUUGCACAGCAAAUGGAAGAAUACGAAGACAACGAUAACAAUGGCAACGGAAAAUACGAGAUACAGCCUAUAAGUGUUGUUCCAGUUGGUUUAAACUAUUUCCAUCCUCAUAAAUUUAGAUCCCGGGUUGUCAUAGAAUUUGGAAAACCAAUUGUAGUUGAUCAAUCCAUGGGCAAAGAGUACAUGGAGCACCAUAGAAAUACUGUGGAUAAAUUGCUAAAAGUUGUUACUUUUGGAUUAAAACAGGUGACCCUUACUUGUGAUGACUAUGACACGUUGAUGGUGCUACAAGCAGCGAGAAGAUUAUACACUUCUACCAACAGAGAGCAAAUCCCACUACCAAUGGUUGUUGAAAUGGAUCGAAGAUUGAUCAAAGGCUACCAGCAGUACAAGGAUGAGCCUGAUGUCAAAAAAUUGAGGGAUGCUGUUUAUCAUUAUAAUCGAAAAUUGAUGAGAUUGAAUUUGCAUGAUCAUCAGGUAGAAUCAUUGGAUAAGUUUGAUAAAUUGAAAACAUUUCAAAUGUUUGUCAGCAGGUUUUUCAAGUUUUCGUUAUUUAUGGGACUAAGCUUACCUGGUAUAAUUUUAUUUAGUCCAGUUUUUAUAACGUCGAAGAAGAUUUCUGCACGGAAAGCAAAGGAAGCUCUUGCUUCUUCACUGGUCAAGAUUAAAGCUAAAGAUGUACUCAGUACCUGGAAAAUUUUGGUGGCAUUGGUAUUAGCACCAGCAUUGUAUAUCUUUUAUUCUAUUAUUGGGACAUAUUUAAUUGUUAAGCUGCAGCUAGUUCCUCACUUAUCAACAAUAAUUAUAUUUAGUAUUUGUUAUGGUUGGGCAGUUUUGACUACGUAUGCUUCGUUGAGAGUUGGCGAAAUUGGAGUAGAUUAUUAUAAGUCAUUGAAGCCAUUGUUCAUUUCAUUGAUUAGCUAUGAGAAGGACCAAUUACAAAUUAGAGAAUUGAAAAAGACAAGGGAAGAAUUGCGUCAGCGUGUCAAUUUGUUUUGCAAUAAUUAUGGUCCGGGAAUGUUUGAAGAUUACGAUGAAUUUUAUCGCAACUAUAACCAAAUGGAAACGGAGACAGAUUAUGAUGAAUACAAUCCACCGCCACCACACAAAGCAUUACGUCGUCAAAACAGUUGGAAUUCUUUGGAUUUGACACUAAACAAUUUGUCCGAUAUUCCCAUAUUUUCUGCUGCAGAUUUGGAACAGUCUAAUGAUAUAUCAACAUCAGAACUGUCUGAUGAGGUAAACAACGAAAAGGAAGUCGAAGCUGAAGAUGUCGAGAACCAUUCAAAUGAAAUAAGCUUGCGUCUUAGAAAGGCAAUGAGAGCAAAGCGACAGAAUAGUUUUUGA